AUGCUGCGCGAUCCAUUGCCUACAUUCUCACCACGUCGUCUCGUGCUACAUGGCGCUAGUCAUUCCGCUGAGAUUGGCGAUGACGACCUACCGGAAUCGUUCUACUUCUCACCCCGACUGCUUUCAGCAAUCAGCGCUAAACAUCGUGAACAGCAUUUGCCACUUGAUAAACAUCAACAACGUCUUAUGAAUAUGGCCUCUGCUGCUAUUCCUAUUAUUCAUCGAUACGAUUCGAAUGGAGAGCGAAGGAUGAGUGAAACUGGUAAGUGUAAUUUUGAAGUUUCUGGUAUAUCUACUAAGAGAAUUGCUCAAACCCCCUUUUGAUU